AUGGUGCAGAAAAUAGUUAUUGCACUCGAAGAUUUGGUUUUUCGUGUAGGAGGUGGUGCGAAGGUAGGCCAUCCCGGCAAAUCAGCCACUCUUCUAGCUCGGGCACAGGGUUCACGUGAUCACAUUCGAGAAGCAUCAUUCGGAAAUCAGAACGCCAUGCAGUCGUGUUGUGAAAUGACGAUGACAAGCAAUGUCUGUGAGGGUAAGUGGCAGAGGUAA